AUGGCUUCGGAAGUGGCUUUCGUUGAGAAAUUUGUGGGUGUAUCGUUUUCAUCCUUCAUGGCAUUUGAGAAGACCUUAAAUGAAUACUUGAAGGAUAACUUUGUGAUAUUUGAGCGUUCAUCCAGUAAUCGAAGCACCAACAUUAUUUUGCGUUACGAAUGGGUGUACUACAAAUGCAGCAGACGCCCUCCAAGAAAAACGGAAAGCCAUGAGCAGUUAGUUUUUUUCCAUCUGUGGUUUGUGUCAUUGCCAGCUGCACAACUCAACCGAGGUGAGCCCAACACCGUCUACGUCGAUCUGGCGGGACAGAGAGGCCAGUUUUUUUCCAUCUGUGGUUUGUGUCAUUGCCAGCUGCACAACUCAACCGAGGUGAGCCCAACACCGUCUACGUCGAUCGACUUGGCGGGACAGCACUCAUCGGAGGGGUCAGCAGUCGUGAUGAUGGGUAUUUGGUUCCCCUUGGUACCUGCUAAGUGGUCGAUCUUCGCCCGUUGA